CGCUCCCGAAAUUCCAACUUCCCCCUCCUCCUCUCGCCGGACCACCGCCUGCGCGCCGCCGCCGCCGAUGUCAUGUCUUGCGCGAGCGAUGGCGAUCUUCUCGAGCCUCUACGCGUGCCUCAAGAGGCACAAACCGGCGGCCUGCGGCGGCGGCGGCGGCGCCGGGAGGGCCGGGGAGGGGGAGGCCGGGGACGAGUCCUCCCCCAGCCUCUUCUUCGACCACCGGACGCUCCAGGUCGCCACUGGCUUCUUCUCCGAGCUGAACCAGCUCGGUCACGGCGGUUUCGGUCCCGUUUUCAAGGGGUUGAUGCCCAAUGGCCAAGAAAUAGCUGUAAAGAAGCUGUCUCUCACUUCAAGACAGGGAAUGAGAGAAUUCACUAACGAGGUGAAGCUAUUAUUGAAAAUUCAACACAGAAACCUCGUCAUGCUGAUGGGCUGUUGUGUGGAAGGACCGGAAAAGAUGCUGGUUUAUGAGUAUCUGUCAAACAAGAGCCUUGACCGUUUCCUUUUUGCUAAAGAAAAGUCUGCGUCGCUGGAUUGGAUAACUCGGUUCCGGAUAAUUACUGGGGUGGCGAGAGGUCUGCUAUACCUGCAUGAAGAAGCCCCUGAAAGGAUUAUCCAUGGAGACAUUAAGGCUAGUAACAUAUUGCUUGAUGAUCAGUUAAAUCCCAAAAUUUCAGAUUUUGGUUUGGCGAGGCUUUUUCCUGGCGAUCACACGCAUCUGAAUACAUUCAAGAUAUCUGGGGAUUAUGGUUACAUGGCUCCUGAAUAUGCAAUGCGUGGAUAUUUGUCCGUGAAAACUGAUGUUUUUAGCUACGGAGUUCUGGUGUUAGAGAUUGUAAGUGGGAGAAAGAAUCAUGACAGCCAACUCGGUGGAGAUAAAACGGACCUCCUGAGUUAUACAUGGAAGCUCUUUCAGCAAGGGAAGUCAUUGGAUCUGGUGGACUCAAGCCUCGCCAAAUACAACCCUGACGAGGCAGCAAUGAGUAUUCAGCUAGGGUUGCUAUGCUGUCAAGCAAGUUAUGCGGAAAGGCCGGAUAUGAACUCGGUGCACCUCAUGCUUUCUAGUGAUUCAUUCACAUUGCCCGGACCAGGAAAACCUGGGCUUCAAGGGCGAACGGGACGUUGGACGACUACUGCGACUUCCGCAUUCACCAACACUAAUGCGAGCAGCACCCAAACUGGAGCUUCUAAAGUUUCUACCGGUAGCAGCCUUACCGAGGAGUAUUCUAGAAAUUCAAUCUCCACUUCCUCCAUUGAUGAAGGCAAGAUCCUCAGCUUGAUAGGCUACAGCAUGUACGAUUCCUUUAUUAUGUAAAGCAAGUCUAAUAUUUUUUUAGAAAUUCUUUUGUUGAUUAUAGAAAAGAAAAUAGAAUCAUGGGCUGCUCUAGGAAUCAUAGUAUAUUCAUGUAACUUUUUCGGAAGGGAUCGGGUUCAUUCCUGGUGAUAGUCAUGAAGAGCUAUUCUAGAAUCCUGUUUCUACUGCUACUAGUUCACUUCUAACUGAUUGUCGACAUACAUACAAUUACUUCUGCCAACAUGGAGAAAAAUAGAACAUCUCUUCUUUGUAAAUUCUCUUGCACUGUCACACCCUACUCAAUUGAUGUUCAUCCUUUAUUUUUCGACGGGAACUAAUGUUGACAAGAGUUGCUGUCGCAUUGAAUUGAAGUGAUCGGCUUAUCAUAUCUCCGGGAAAUGCGUUCUUUUAUCGUUGUCGAAGCCAUUCAUCGACGAGGUUACGGGAGAGCAUGGUGCUUCGCGCGGUUUGCAGAGUUGCCGAAGAGAAUGUCCACAGUCCAAGUACACUCCGUAGACACAGAUUGAGUUCUAGGCCGGAGGAUGUCCUUCCAGUUCCGAUUUCUUGAAGUUUCUGUCGGCAUCCGUUCAUGGUCUCUCAGUUCCACCGCAGACAAGCCAUGUUUCAUAGGAUACUCGAGGAAAUACUGUUGGAUAACGGAUGGUUCAAACUUAUGUCCGGUGUUCGCAGAUGCGCAUGAUUCCAAAGUGAAUGGACAUGGUCUGACCGGGAAAAUUAGCACUAACUUGCAUCCGAGGAAAAUUAG